UACAUUAUCCAUACUUUAUCUCAAAAUCAUUUCCCAAAUUCUAUCAUCAACAUCUCACCAAACCCCUAAAAAUAUCUCAAACCUUAGAAAAAAAUAUCUAUCAACAAUGGAUGUUCUUCAUCCUCAAUCACCUCCUCGAUCAUCAAGGUUGAAUCCUAACGCUCCGAUCUUCGUCCCGAUGAGAUCGUAUCAGACGGUCGAAGAUUUCUCCGAUCAGUGGUGGGACCUUGUUCACUCCUCCCCUUGCUUCCGAGAUUACUGGCUUCAAGAUUGCUUUGAUGAUGUUGAUGUCGAUGGUGAUUGUCAGAUUGACGAGUUUGAUCUCCCUGAUUUCGAUGAUGCCUUCGAUCUCCAUCUCCCAAAAGAAGAACAGAAAGUGGAGGCGGAGGAGAAGAAGGAGCUGAUUUCAAUGGCGGCGUUGAAGUGGAAUGAAUCUGGAGGAAGAACAGUUGAAGCGCCGAAAUACUUCGAGAAAGCGCCCAAGGUCAUGAAGAGUGUGAAAGUGAGUCCAAGGACAAUUCACCAACCGCGUUAGGUUGACUCGGUGGUUGACUCGGAUUUGACAAGUAGGAGAGCUAUGUUGCUAUUUCUGGGUUGUAUAGAGGAUAAUGUUUUACCUUAUCUGACACUUUUUAAUUUUAUUUAGCAGUUGUUGAUUUGGUUAAUUAGAUUGCAGUGGUUUUGAUGGAAGAUCUAAACUUUUGUCUCAUCAAUCUGUACUCUGUAGUUAUGGCUCUUGUUUAAAUGGUCAAUAUGAAAUGAAAACAUAAAUAAAUUUUCAAACCAA